AUGCCCCAGAGAGUCAUUGUCGUGGGCGCCGGCUUGUCGGGCCUGAGCGCCGCUCAUACCGUCUACCUCGCUGGUGGCAAUGUCGUCCUCCUCGACAAGAACAACUUCAUGGGUGGCAACUCCACCAAGGCCACCUCCGGCAUCAACGGCGCCUUGACCCGCACCCAGGUCGACACCCAGAUUGCGGACAGCGUCAAGCAGUUCUACGACGACACCCUCAAGUCUGCACGUGAGAAGGCGAGACCAGACCUCAUCAAGGUCCUGACGUACAAGUCGGCUGCCGCUGUUGAAUGGCUUCAGGAUGUCUUCAACCUCGAUCUCACUCUUGUCUCACGGUUGGGAGGCCACUCCUUCCCUCGAACACACCGUGGCCACGAUGCAAAGUUCCCCGGCAUGGCCAUCACAUACGCCCUCAUGCAGCGCUUCGAGGAGCUCGCCGAGCAAGAACCAGACCGAGUAACGCUCGUCAAGAAGGCCAAGGUCAGCAAGGUCAACAUGGAGGGCAACACUGCGACCGGUGUAACAUACUCUUUCGGCGGCGAGGAAGUCUCAGUUGAAGGCCCUGUCGUGCUUGCGACUGGUGGCUACGCUGCCGAUUUCUCCGAGACCUCGCUGCUCAAGAAGCACAGACCCGAUACUUUCGACCUCUCGACCACCAACGGCGCCCACGCGACUGGCGAUGGCCACAAGAUGCUGAUGAACAUUGGCGCGAAUGGCAUUGACAUGGAGAGCGUGCAGGUUCACCCGACUGGUCUCGUAGACCCCAAGGACCCAACCGCGAAGACAAAGUUCCUGGCUGCCGAAGCACUACGAGGUGAGGGCGGUCUUCUCAUCAACAACAAGGGCGAGCGAUUCGUCGAUGAGCUGCAACACCGCGACUUCGUCUCCAACGAGAUGUGGAAGCAAAAGGAGCAGGGUCUGUGGCCCAUCCGCCUCAUCCUCAACAGCAAAGCCUCCAACACCCUCGAUUUCCACACCCGCCACUAUUCCGGCCGCGGCCUGAUGAAGAAGAUGACGGGCAAGCAGCUGGUGGAAGAAAUCGGCUGCGGCGAGCAAGCACUCAACAAGACGUUCACCGCCUACAACAAAUACGCCAAGGGCGAGGAGAAGGACCCCUUUGACAAGAAAUACUUCCACAACUUCCCAGUCGAGGUCAACGACGACUUCCACGUCGCGCAGAUGGAGCCAGUGCUGCAUUUCACCAUGGGCGGCAUCGAGAUUGACGACAAGGCGCAGUGCUUGAACAGUGAGCACAAGCCUUUCGACGGGCUGUUCGUGUGCGGUGAACUGGCAGGUGGUGUGCACGGUGCUAACCGUCUUGGUGGUUCUUCUCUGCUAGGCUGCGUCGUCUACGGACGUGUUGCCGGCGAGAGCGCGAGCAAGCACCUCUUCCAGCAAGUCCUGAACAGCGAGGGCGGCCAGGCGGCUUCGCGAGCCGGCCAAAUCAGCCUGCACAUCGACCCCAGCCAGCCCGGAAAAAUCUCCGUGGAGUGGAGCAACGGCGCCGGCGCGAGCAGCAGCGACGCAUCAUCCUCAAAGUCCACCCCUCGCCAGCAAGGCCAAACAUCUGCCGGCCCCGUCAAGGCUUCCCCAGCCGAUAGCUCAGACCCGGGCAAAGUCACAUCCGCCAACAACCCAAAGAAAUUCGAGGUGCCCGAGAAGGAGAUCUCGCUGGAAGAGGUGGCGAAGCACAACACGAAGGAGGACCUGUGGAUCGCGGUCAAGGGCAUCGUGAUGAACGUGACGGACUGGGUGGACGAGCACCCCGGUGGGCCGCAGGCGCUGUAUUCGCAUAUGGGGAAGGAUGCGACCGAGGAGUUUGAGAUGUUGCACGAUGAUGAGGUGAUUCCCAAGUAUGCGCCGAAUAUUGUCAUUGGACGGGUUGCUGGGCAGGAGAUUACGCUUGAGUAUUAG